CAGGCGUGAUGAGUGUGAUCGAGAGGAGAGAGAUCAGAAAAUUCCUCUAAGUUCAUCUUUGUAGCUGCGGAAAACUGUCAUUUGUGGAGGUAUCAUCAUGUCGACUUCACCUUACCAUAUAGCGUCUCUUUUGGACAAGAUGACAUCAAGUGACAAAGACUUCAGAUUUAUGGCAACAAAUGACUUGAUGGCUGAACUUCAGAAAGAUUCUAUAAAACUGGAUGACGACAGUGAAAGAAAGGUUGUUCAGAUGCUUUUGAAAUUGCUUGAAGAUAAGAAUGGUGAAGUACAGAACCUUGCUGUUAAAUGCCUUGGCCCUCUGGUUAGUAAAGUCAAGGAACAUCAUGUGGAGACCAUAGUUGAUUCACUCUGCUCAAACAUGCUCUCAGACAAUGAGCAACUGAGAGACAUUUCAAGUAUUGGUUUGAAAACAGUUAUUGGUGAAUUACCCCCUGCUUCAUCUUCACUGGCUGCCAACAUCUGCCGAAGAAUAACUGGAAGACUCACAAAUGCUAUUUCCAAGAGCACUGAUGUUUCUGUCCAGCUUGAGGCCUUGGAUAUUUUGGGUGAUCUGUUGAGCAGGUUUGGAGGACUCUUGGUAUCAUACCACCAGUCUAUUCAGCAAGCUCUGUUACCACAAUUAACAAGUGCCAGGCUUGCUGUCAGAAAGAGAACCAUCAUUGCACUGGGCCAUCUUGUGUUAAGUGCAAACAGCAGUUUGUUUGUUGAACUAAUGGAUCAUUUGCUUACUGAACUGAAGCAAAAUGCCUCACACUCUACAACUAGAACUUUUAUCCAGUGCAUAGGAGCAAUAUGUCGCCAAGCUGGUCACAGAGUUGGAGAACAUCUAGAGAGAAUCAUACCCAUGAUAGUACAAUAUUCUAGGGUUGAAAAUGAUGAUGAGCUGAGAGAAUACUGUAUUCAGGCAUUUGAAUCAUUUGUUUGCAGAUGCCCCAAAGAAGUAACCUCUUAUAUUCCCAAGAUUACAGAGCUCUGCCUGGAAUUCAUUUGCUAUGAUCCAAACUAUAACUAUGGAAGUGACGACGAAGAUGAAAACAUGGAAACAGACUUGGAUGACGACGAGGAGGAUGACGAAGAUGACGACUAUAGCGAUGAUGAUGACAUGAGUUGGAAGGUUCGAAGAUCAGCAGCCAAGUGUUUGUCUGCAGUGUUAGGAUCAAGACCAGAACUGUUGUCUGAGUUCUACAAAUCAGUUUCACCAGCGCUUAUUGCCAGAUUCAAAGAACGGGAAGAGAAUGUUAAAGCUGACAUAUUUGCAGCAUACAUCACUCUUCUGAGACAGACCAGGCCUGUGGCUAGUCAGACGCUGGAUGCUGAAGCUAUGGAAGAUGAUUCAGGCCCUGUGAAUCUCCUGACCACUCAGAUACCAUCCAUUGUCAGAGCUUUGCACAAACAGCUGAAGGAAAAGAGUGUGAAAACCAGACAGGGAUGCUUCCAUUUGUUGUUGGAACUUGUUGCUGUUUUGCCUGGGGCUCUGUCUGAUCAUAUCAGUGCCAUUGUUCCUGGAAUACAGUUUUCACUUGGAGAUAAGAGCUCAACAUCAAAUAUGAAAAUCGACACCCUCGCCUUCCUUGGCUGCAUUCUAGCCCAACAUCCACCCAAAGUUUUCCAUCCACAUAUUCAUGUACUAGUUCCGCCUGUUGUGACAGCAGUUGGCGAUCCAUUCUACAAGAUCACUUCCGAAGCUUUGAUGGUCACUCAACAGCUGGUCAAGGUCAUCAGACCUCACGGAGUGCCAGCAAGUGAAUUUGAAUUUAGGCCGUAUGUGAAGGAUAUUUACCAAUGUACUCUUGUCAGACUCAAAGCUGCCGAUAUUGACCAGGAGGUCAAAGAAAGAGCCAUAUCAUGCAUGGGUCAGAUUCUGUGCAGCCUCGGCGAUGAACUUGGUCAGCAACUUCCACAGUGUCUCCCAAUAUUCCUUGAUAGACUGAGAAAUGAAAUCACAAGGCUAACUACUGUCAAAGCUUAUUCACUGAUUGCAGGAUCACCACUUAGAAUUGACCUCUAUACAAUACUGGGUGAUUCUAUGCCAAUUCUUGCCUCCUUCUUGCGCAAGAACCAAAGAGCACUUAAGCUAUCAACCUUGACAACCCUCAAUGUUUUGGUUACUAAUUAUGGUCAUUUAUUGUCUCAAGAGAACAUAUCAGGAGUAUUGACAGAGGUUCCGCCCUUAAUCAGCGAAAGCGAUCUUCAUAUCUCACAGCUCUCACUUACAUUGUUAACUUCUGUUGCCAAGAUCCACAAGGACAGCAUGGCGCAGGCCUGCACUUCCACUCUGCCAGCCAUCAUGGUUUUGAUAAGGUCGCCACUUCUUCAAGGUGGAGCACUGAAUGCUACUCUCACUCUUCUUACUGAACUGGUUACUUCUGGAAUAAAAGGAAUGGGAUUUAAAGAUCUCUUCCAGAUGUUAGUAUCUCCUAUUUACUCCUCAAGCCAAGGAAGUCAACAAACAAUCAUCCACAAACAGGCUUUCCACUCCAUUGCUAAGUGUGUUGCGGUACUGGCCAUGUCGUGUCUAUCCGAUGGAGAAUCUGUUGUAAAUCAGUUUGUCAGAGAUAUUCAGAGUGAAAAGGUCGCUGAUCCGUUACGUUUAUUUUCCCUGCUGUCAUUGGGUGAAAUAGGAAGACACAUUGACUUAAGCAGUCAUCAACAACUAGCUGUGGCCAUCUUAGAUUGCUUCUCGUCACCAUCAGAGGAAGUAAAGUCAGCGGCUUCUUUCGCAUUAGGUAAAAUUGCUGCGGGAAAUUUGAACUUGUAUUUACCAUUCCUGCUCAAGGAGAUUCAAGCAAAUCCCAAGAGACAGUAUCUGUUGCUUCAUUCUCUUAAAGAGGUGAUCUCAUGUGAAGCAGGAAGUCCAACAGGAGUUGAAGCUUUAAGACCAUUUAUUAGCUCAAUAUGGACUUUGUUAUUUAGUCAUUGUGAAAGUACGGAAGAAGGAACGAGGAACGUUGUCGCCGAAUGUCUGGGGAAACUGACUCUUGUAGAUCCACUGCACCUUCUACCACAGCUUAAGGACUACCUGAACUCAGACUCAGCCUUUGCUCGGAGUACUGUGGUGACAGCUGUAAAAUUUACCAUCUCGGACCAUCCUCAGCCGAUUGACAGCCAGCUAAGAGGAUGCAUUGGAGAUUUUCUCCGAACAGUACAGGACCCUGAUUUGAAUGUCCGCCGUGUCGCUUUAGUUACAUUCAACUCAGCGGCUCACAAUAAACCGAGUCUCAUCAGAGAUUUGUUGGAACAAAUUCUUCCUCGACUGUACAACGAGACGAAAGUCAGGAAAGAACUCAUUCGCGAAGUCGAGAUGGGACCGUUUAAGCACACUGUUGAUGAUGGCUUGGACAUCAGAAAGGCAGCGUUCGAAUGUAUGUAUACACUUCUCGACACAUGUCUCGAUCGCCUCGACAUCUUCGAGUUCUUGAGCCAUGUAGAAGACGGACUUAAAGAUCACUAUGAUAUCAAGAUGCUGACGUUCCUGAUGUUAGUGAGACUGUCUUCUUUGUGUCCUAAUGCUAUAUUACAGCGUGUGGAUAUCCUCGUGGAACCGUUACGUGCGACGUUGCAAACGAAGGUGAAGGCAAAUUCCGUGAAGCAAGAAUUCGAAAAACAAGACGAGCUGAAGAGAUCGGCGCUGAGAGCCGUAGCUGCCCUGCUGUCGAUUCCAGAUAGUGAUAAAAGUCCCUUGCUCAGCGAAUUCCUAGCGCAGAUCAAAUCAAGUCCUGAGCUGUCCGCCAUGUUUGAUUCCAUCCAGAGAGAUGCUGGUUCAGCGGAAAGCAUGGACACUAGUUAAAGCGUGUUACCCUGUUUGUCAAAUAAAAAAAUAAUGAUUUCCCCC